AAUGGAGUUUCAAUUUGAUUUUCUUCUUCUUUUUCGCCCAAAUCCCAUACUUUUCGGUUUCACAUGAACACGAUAGAAUUAAACUCGGAGAAACAAAACAAAACAAAACAAACUGCAGCUUAAAACCAUCUUUUUUUCAAAACUGUAGACAAUAUAGAUAGAUGAACACUACUCCUCUUUCAUCAAGUUUUUUAUUCUUCUUUCUUUCUUUCUCCAUAUCACUCGAAGUUGCAACCCUUUGAAUAAAUUCGAAUUCUUUCUUCUCUUGUGGGGUCCCGACCCUUUUCAUUCCCUCAUCCGUACUCAAAAGCCCUUGCUUUCUACCAUACCAGAAGCCAAUCUAAUUCUUCCUUCCUUUAUUCCUUUCCAUUCCUCAGCAACUUUCUCCAGAUUCGACUAAAAAGCACAAACUUUUCCGCUCCUUUGAGACCAAAGUUUUGUGGGUGUUAAGCAAUUUGUAUACUCGUUGUAACAUGAAGGCUGCUAAUCCUGGGUUCCUAGUCUCAGAUUCAAAGAGUAAAUAUUGUAUUUGCUCUCUCUUUGUUACUGCUGCAUUGGUUUGCAGUGCUUAUUUCAUUGGAAGUGCAUAUCUUUCAAAUAAUUUCAACCAAAUUUUACCAUUAUGGAAUAUGAAUGAGACAAGGCAGAGUAAACAGAAUGUAGAAUCCAAUAAGGGGAUAUCAACGAAGGAAAUAAUCAAUGCAAGCCUGGAUCCUCAAUAUCAGAAAUGCAAGAGUGAUUGUAGGCCUCAUGGGAGUAAUAUAUUGCCAAAGGGAAUUGUUUCCGGAACUUCUAAUUUGGAUAUGCUUCCUUUAUGGGGUCCGGUGUCGGAAAAUAUUGUUUCUAAGACGUCCAUAGGUCUGUUGGCCAUGGCAGUUGGAAUAAAGCAGAAGGAAAUCGUAAAAAUAAUCGUUGAAAAGUUUCUUGCAGAUGAUUUUGUAGUGAUGCUCUUUCACUAUGAUGAUGUAGUGGAUGAGUGGCGUGAUUUGGGAUGGAAUAAUCGUGUCAUUCAUGUCUCGGCAACGAAUCAAACGAAAUGGUGGUUUGCUAAACGGUUCUUACAUCCUGACUUGGUUGUGGAAUACGAUUACAUAUUUCUUUGGGAUGAGGAUCUUGGUGUCGAUAAUUUUAAUCCGAAACAAUAUCUUUUGAUUGUUAAAGAUGAAGGACUCGAAAUAUCACAGCCAGCGUUGGAUCCUACUAAGUCCGACGUGCAUCAUCCAAUUACUGCCCGUGUAAAGAAUUCAAGAGUGCACAGGUACUAUAAGUUCAAAGGAGGCGGAAGAUGUUAUGGAAACAGCACAAAUCCUCCUUGCGUAGGUUGGGUAGAAAUGAUGGCCCCUGUAUUCUCCAGAGCAGCUUGGCAAUGUGCUUGGUAUAUGAUCCAGAAUGACUUGAUCCAUGCUUGGGGCCUAGAUAUGCAGCUCGGUUACUGUGCACAGGGUGAGAGGACGAAAAACGUGGGAGUAGUAGAUUCAGAGUAUAUAGUACAUAUAGGUCUUCCUACACUAGGUGGAGCACAUCUCAACAAGGGAUCAGAGAUUUUACCCGUGGCUGAUAACCGAAGUGAAGGAUCAGAGAUUUUACCGGUGCUUGACAACAGAAGUGAAGUUCGAAGACAAUCCUUUGUUGAAAUGCAGAUUUUCAGGAAGAGAUGGGCGAAAGCGGUUGAGGACGAGGAUGAAUGCUGGGACGACCCAUAUGAACAGCAGACAGAUCAGAAAAAUGGUUAACAGAAUGCACACAGUACAUAAUAUUAUUAGUCGUAGUAGCCAAAAUUCCGAAAAUAUCGUUAUGGGUUAAGAUUUGGCAAUUUUAUUUUAAAU